AUGGCUUCUCCAAUUCCCCGCGGCCUCCGCCAGGUGCUCCAGAAAUCUCCCAACGAUAUUGUCAUUCUCUCCUCAUUGCGCACACCUGUCACCCGCGCCAAGAAGGGUGGUUUCAAGGAUGCCUACCCAGAAGAGCUACUCGCCAGCGUGCUGCAGGCCACACUGAAGGCCAACCCUAACCUGGACCCCGCCCAAAUCGACGAUGUGCUUAUCGGAUCCGUCCUGCAAGAGCUAGGCGGCGCCAAAGCAGGCCGCAUGGGCCAGAUCCACGCCGGCUUCCCUCACUCAGUGCCCUUCAACACAAUCAACCGCCAGUGCUCAUCCGGCCUGGCAGCCAUCACAACCAUCGCCAACGGUAUCCGCGCCGGCGCCAUUAACGUCGGUAUCGGCGGUGGCAUGGAGUCCAUGACUCGCAACUACGGCUCCCGCGCCAUCCCCACAGUCCUCUGGCCCGAACUGAAGGAAUCCCACUCCCAGGAUGCCCAAGACUGCAUCAUGCCCAUGGGCAUUACCUCGGAGAACGUCGCAUCUCGGUACGGCGUGUCCCGCGCCGACCAAGACGCCUUCGCCGUCGAGUCCCACGCCAAGGCCUCCGCGGCGCAAAAGGCCGGCCGCUUCGACUCCGAGAUCAUCUCCGUCACCACCAAGACCCUCGACCCCGCCAACCCCGAUGCCCCAGCCAAGGAAGUGACCGUGACCCAGGACGACGGUAUCCGCCACGGCCUGACCCUCGAGAAAGUCAGCGCUCUCAAGCCCGCUUUCUCGCCCACCGGCGCCAGCACGGCCGGCAACAGCUCGCAGGUCAGCGACGGUGCGGCCGCCGCUCUGCUGAUGCGCCGCUCCACCGCCGAGGAGCUCGGUCUGUCUGGCUCCAUCAAGGCGCGCUGGGUCGCGUCUGCCGUUGCGGGCUGUGCCCCCGACGAGAUGGGCGUUGGCCCUGCCGUUGCCAUCCCCAAGCUUCUGCAGGCUGUUGACAUCAAGGUCCCUGAGGUUGGAGUCUGGGAGAUUAACGAGGCUUUCGCCUCGCAGGCUCUGUACAGCGUUCGCAAGCUUGGCAUCGACCAGGCGAAGGUUAACCCCAACGGUGGUGCUAUUGCUAUCGGUCACCCGCUUGGUGCUACCGGUGCCCGUCAGCUGGCUACUCUGCUGCCUGAGUUGGAGCGCAGUGGCCAGGAGAUUGGUGUCAUCAGCAUGUGCAUUGGUACCGGUAUGGGUAUGGCGGGCAUGUUUGUCCGUGAGUAA